GACACGCCAGUGGUGGACCCCAAAAUGUCACAAUUCCUGGCCAAAACGGGUUGGAACCCCAAGAAGGGCCUGGACUCAGCUCUGCGCAGCUGCCAGGACAAAGUGCUUGAUGUAUUUGGCCCGCUGGCCAAGAUUUUUGAGCUAGCCGAGGCUGCUAGAACUGAGGGCUCCCCAAUAGAUCCCGAAGAACUGCGGGGUUGGACCCAAAGGGCAAUCUGUAUUGCCGGGAACGCCAACACAUCCUUGGCGAUUGAAAGGCGUAAAGCCAUCUUAUUUAAAAUUGACCCCAAAUUGUCCAAUUUGGCACUCACGGAGGCGGGUAAAGAUGCCCAAGGGCUCCUGUUCGGCGAAUCCUUUAUUAAGGAUAUGAGCCGUUUUGUUGGUACCUUCACCGCGCUAGAUAAAGCACAGUCGUCUAUGCGCAGGGUAUUUCAGGGACGGGUCUCUAAUCAGGCCGGCAGUAGCAGGGGCCGCCUGUCCGGCUGUGCAAACUUUCAGGCCCGUGGCGCAGGAAGAGGUUCCUUUGGACAGCGACCUCCCUUCCAGGAACAGCGCAACCCCUCACCCUUCUUCUCGACCAGAGGAGGCCAGUGGAGAUCUCGCUCCUUCAGAGGCAACCCCAACUCUCGCAGACCCUUAGGAUGAAGGUCGAUCCAGUCUAGGAUGCUGUACUACCGGCUAAUUUUCUACCACAAUUGGGCCAUGUUGGCUACUUGGAUACGUUUCGUUGGCGUUGGACUUUUCCGUUCCAGUUCCAGUUCGGAGUUUUUAUGAAGGUGUUCGUGUUCUUGGCACCAGGAUCUCAAAGAAAGAGGAAGGUUCAGAGGAAGAGCGGCCUAUUAUAGGGGCCAUGGAGGAGGGACUUUGGGUUACUAUGGUUAU